AUGGCCAUCCGUCUGCCUAGCACGGCCGCGCUCAACAACCUCUCUCCGAAAUCGCGACGAUCACUCCUCGUCGCGUUCUUCACCCUCCUCCUCCUCCUCCGCAAUCGCACACUCAAGCUCCCUGGCACGCUCCUUUCAAGGCUCAAGCGUGUCGCUUCACGAAACGAAAUCACCCAGGAGGAGCUCGCACAGGCGCUGCAGCAGGUCUAUGUUGACGAGCCCGACGGCUCCAAGACUCUGUUGGUUCCAUACCAGGGCCGAAUUUCCAAGUUCAACAUCACCCCCACUUCAGACUCUACCUUUGCCAAGAAUGCGAAGCUCUUCCCCCUCCUCCCGGCAGGACAGAAACCGAACUUGGACAAGGCUUUCUUGCGCCAGCUCUUCGCCAUACUCAAGAUAGUCUUUCCUUCGUGGUGCUCGAAGGAAGCACUCAUACUGGCCUCCCACUCGUUCUUCCUUGUCCUCCGGACAGUACUCAGUGUUGCUGUGGCGCGACUAGAUGGACGCAUUGUGCGCGACUUGAUCCGACAUCUCCAAUCCACGCUCUGUCUCAAGAUGGGGGCUCGACUUACCCACUACACCGACGACUUGUACCUGUCACAUUCACCGGACCUGCGCUACUACCGCGUCGCCUUGGAAGGCGGAUUGUCCGAUGUUGACCAAUACAUCACCUCGGAUAUCCAUUCAUUCUGUGAAGGACUGGCUCAGGUCUACGGAAAUGUUCUCAAACCAUCUCUAGACCUGGUGUUGUUCACAUCACAGUUGUCGCGUUCGUUAGGUGUUCGCGGUACAGCUAUGCUGUUCCUCAACUACUAUGUCACCGCGAAGAUUUUGCGUGCAGUUACGCCGGCAUUCGGUCGUUUGGCCGCAGUCGAGGCAAGACUCGAAGGUGAAUACCGCGCCGGUAUGGGCAGGGUCGGACGAGAAAGUGAAGAAGUCGCCUUCUACGGAGGUGGUCUUCGAGAACGUAGCAUCUUAAUGCGCGCGUACAUGAGACUGAUCAAGCACGUCAACUCAAUAUACAAGAUCAGGAUAGCUUAUGAGUGGACGGAGGACUUCCUCAUCAAGUAUCUCUGGAGCGCUGCCGGAUACUGUCUCAUCUCAAUACCUGUCUUCCUCACCCGGGUACGGAGCAUAGGGAUUCAAGCCACGGGCGAUCCUCGCGCCCAUGGCAGAGUGGACAACGAAGUGGCCAACCGGACGGAGACUUACAUCUCGUCGAGACGACUGCUGCUUUCCCUUGCAGAUGCUGGCGGUCGGCUCAUGUAUGUAUACAAGGAUCUCCUUGAGCUGGCUGGCUUGACGACGCGACUCUACACCCUCCUCUCUACGCUCCACAACUUACCCCGGCCAGUAGUGCCCUCAGAUUCGCCCGAUACGGUUGCUGUCCGGAAUGUGGAUGUGGGCGUGCCUACCGUCGCUCCGGCAUUCGCGGCGGCGGCGUCAGACACGGCAGAAGACAUUUCGGUCUCUCCCUCGGAGACAGAAGAUUCCGGUGCAAGCAAGACCGCGAACACCGUGCUCGUCCGCGGCUUGUCAUUCGAGCUCAAGACGGGCGAACAUCUGAUGAUCACGGGAAGCAAUGGGGUCGGCAAGACCGCGGUCGCAAGGGUCCUCGCCGGCCUGUGGGCAGCCCAGGGCGGCGGAGACGUCUCGCGGCCUCACGGCAAGCGGGGCGUGUUCGUGGUGCCGCAGCGAGCAUACAUGGUGACGGGGACGCUGCUCGACCAGAUCAUCUACCCCGACUCGUACCCGCAGUUCGUCGCCUCGGGGCGCACGCACGACGAGCUCAUGCAGAUCUUGGCCGCCGUCAACCUGGCGUACCUCCCCGCGCGCGAGGGCGGCUGGUCGACGCGCAAGGAGUGGCGCGACGUGCUCAGCGGCGGCGAGAAGCAGCGGAUGGCCAUGGCGCGUGUGUUCUACCACCGGCCCAGGUUCGCGGUGCUCGACGAGUGCACGAGCGCGGUGUCGAGCGACGUCGAGGGGCGGAUGUACGAGCACGCCAAGUCGCUCGGGAUCACGCUCAUCACGAUAUCCCUCCGGCCCACGCUCAUGCGCUACCACACGCAGCUGCUCACGAUCGCGGGCGACGGCACCGGGCGGUGGACGCUCAAGCGCAUCGGGACCGCGGAGGAGCGGAUGGACAUGGACCGCGAGAUCGUGUCGCUCGAGAACCGGCUCGCGGAGGUGGAACGGUGGGAGACGCGGGUGAAGGAGCUCGAGCGGUUGUUGAGCGUGCAGGAGCUCUGA